CAUACACCAUACUCCUAAAUUUAUUCCACAUGAAAAUGUACACUGGUGGAUUUUUCCUGUUGUUGUCUCUGUUAAUGAAAUCAAUGUAUACAGACCUCACACCCGUGGAACCGCUGUGUCACGAUCCUAAAACUCCAAACAUUAAGCGUUGUUGUGCCGGAUUCAGAAUCCUAGAAGGGAAAUGCUACCCCUGCAUAGGAUCGUUUGGGAUGGAAUGUAGCAAACCAUGUCACGAAGGUUAUUACGGAAUACAGUGCGAGGAAAAAUGUCAAUGUAACACCUGUAACAAAACAACGGGGGAAUGUUUCAAAGAAACUACGAUAUCAAAUACGAGUACCCCAAGAAUUCCAGAACAAAAUAGAUCCGACCAACAAUACAUUAUUGUAUUAGUUGGAUCAGCAGUAGUCGUAGGAUUUAUUGCCUUCUUGAUUGGGAUGAUAUAUAUGAAGAAAAGGCAUUGCCGGUAAAGGGGUAUCACCGAAUUUUAACGUAUUUGUGUACGUUUAAAAUUUUAUAAUUUGACAGUGAAUGGUUGCUUUAUGAUGUGGAAUCUUCAUAACACGAGUACACUACAGAACUGUGAAUUACAAAUUAAAAAAUAAAGACAGCAUCUU